AUGGGGGAAAACGAGCCUCGCCAGGGGGCGGACUUGAAGACGCAAAUCGGGCUCUUUGUGGAGAUGUCAACUCCCUUCUUCAAGGAGGAUAAUGGUGCUCGCUGGCUGCUGGCGACAGUGGUGGCUUUGACGCUCCUCAACAGCGGUGUGUCCGUCGCCUUCUCCUACAUCGGCCGAGAUUUCUGGACGGCUCUCUCGAACAAGGACCCCGCCCAAUUCAACAUUAUGUUGCAAAGGUUUCUUUCGGCGUUGAUAGCCGGCGUGCCUGUGACGGUGUUCUACCGCUUUGAGAGGGAAAAACUGGCGCUAGCGUGGCGAGAGUGGAUGACGAAGCGAGUUAUGGAGAUUUACUACAGCGGGCAGACAUACUACGCCCUGGAGGCCUCGAAGGAGAUCGAUAAUCCCGAUCAGAGGAUUGCCGAGGACGUGCGGGCGUUCACACAAGUGUCGCUGGAGUUCCUCAUCACGGUGCUAACAUCUUGCAUCGACCUCGCCUCCUUCUCGACCAUCCUCUACUCUAUCUACCCGCAGCUGUUCAUCGCUAUCAUCGGCUACGCGUCCGUGGGGACCUUCGUCACCACCAAGCUAGGCGGCAAGCUGGUGGGGCUCAACUUCGAUCAGCUCCAGACAGAGGCAGAUUUCCGGUACUCGUUAAUUCGCGUGCGGGAGAAUGCCGAGUCAAUUGCCUUCUACGGGGGCGUGCAGCAGGAGUUGAACGAGGUCCAGCGGCGCUUCGGCAAGGCUUUGGACAACUUUGGCCAGGUCAUUCGCGCGCAGCGGAACCUGGAGUUCUUCACCACCGGCUAUCGGUAUCUCAUCCAGGUCCUCCCAGGCUUCGUGGUGGCGCCGCUCUUCUUUCAAGGGAAGAUCGAGCUCGGAGUGGUCAGCCAAUCGUACGGUGCCUUCAACCACAUCCUCGGCGACCUUUCCUUGAUUGUCAACCAAUUCGAGUCCUUGAGUGCCUUCUCUGCCGGCAUCGACCGCCUCGGGGAGUUCUUAGAGAGGAUGAGGGGCAUGGCAACCAUCGCGAACGUCACCGACAACAAGCGAGGCCUUCUAGCUGCGCCAGCGUCGACGUCUUCGUCACCUUCGUCCAGCCCAUCGUCUGUGCCUGGCCACACCGCCCUGGACAGCCCGCUUAAAGACAACUUGCUCGGGGAUGACCAACCGGAGCAGGACGAUGGCCCCAAGGAAGGGGAAGGGGUGGGGGUAUUGACGACGGAGACUGCGAAGGGUGCGAGACUGGCUGUGGAGGACGUGUCCGUAGUAACACCCACAGGAGGCCGCGUGCUAAUGAGUGGAUUGUCCUUCAGGCUCGACGACUCAGAGCGCAUGCUGAUCGUUGGGGAGUCAGGCGCAGGGAAGUCGAGCUUGCUUCGUGCAAUGGCCGGCCUUUGGACAACAGGUUCGGGGAAGAUCGUCCGUCCAACGAAGGAGGAGAUGUUCUUCCUUCCGCAGAGGCCGUACUGUACACUCGGCCCGUUGAGAGACCAGAUCACGUAUCCAUCGAGCCACGGUGGAGCGGAGGCGGCGGGAGAGGACGGUGAUGCGGAAGCGGUAGAGGGCACGACGGAAGGAGGGUCGGUUGCGGAUGACGACGAGCUCCUCGACCUUUUAGAGAAGGUGGACCUCGGAAGGCUUGCGGUGAUGAUGGGGAGCGGUGACGCCCACGCCGGUCUUGGAGCGGUGCGAGACUGGUCGGACAUGCUCUCUCUGGGGGAGCAGCAGCGGUUGGCGUUUGCCAGGCUCUUGUACAACAAGCCCACGCUGGCUAUAUUGGAUGAGUCUACCUCCGCUCUCGACCUUGCGAACGAGGAACGAAUGUUCGCUCUUCUCGACACCCUUCCUGGCUUGUCCGUAGUCAGCGUGGGGCACAGGCCGAGCCUCGUCCCCUUCCACGACACCAAGCUCACCCUUGCCAGCAAGGGAUUCAAGCUAGAGAGCACGGGAUCGAACAGGAAAAGGGGGCACGGGACAGGUGCCCCCACCUCUGCUAACGUCGCCGUCGCAGACAGUGCCGAUUCUUCAGCCUCGGGGAUGCGGUAG